GUAUACUACAGAUAUCAGUUCGGAUUCCAUAACACUACAUUUUGGCGACUAAGCACGAGAUAAGUGCGGACUCUAGUGGAAUCGCGUGUCGCGAGUAUCCGAGUAACUUUUUUUUUCUGUGUUUCGGCCCGCGGUACGGCCAUGAGCGGCGACAGUGGACCGCCCCUACCCGCGCCGUUUUUGCCCCAUCCCGGGACGCCGGCCGUCCCGUGGAGGAACUGGGAACAAAAAUUCGAACUUUAUCUGUUGGCCAGGUGCGGCACGAGCCCCCUGCCCCCCGAGCAGCGGCGCGCUCUGCUUCUGUGCGCAAUCGGUGACGAGGCGUACCGGGUGUUCGACACCCUGCCGCCGGUUGCGAAACGUGACGGCGAGGACGACUACGAUGUGACCCUCCGCCAGCUCCGGGAGUUCUACACUCCCAGGACCAACGUCAUCGUGGAACGAUUCCGGUUCCGACAGCGAGCCCAGGCCCCCACAGAGUCCACAGCAGACUUCGUUGCUGCUCUGCGCGGCCUGGCUCGCACCUGCCAGUUCGGCCAAAUGGAGUCAGAACUCAUCCGAGACGUGGUGGUGGAGAAGACCCCCCACCAGCGCCUGAGGAAGCGACUUCUUCAGGACAGGGACCUCACUCUGGACAAGGUCCUGAGCGUCGCAGAGACCUAUGAGGACUCCCUGCGGGAGGCUGCAGCCAUCUCCCAACCAGUUGCAGCCCCACCUGUCUCAUCCGUGGCAAAAGUUACGAGGAAGCCACAACAGAAGCGACAGCAGCAGCAGCAGCAGAGCGUCAGCAGCGACUUCUGCACCAACUGUGGACGUGAUGAUCACGCACCCAGGGAUGCUGCCUGUCCAGCCCGCAGAGUGACCUGCCACUCCUGCGGAAAGAAGGGCCACUUCGCCAGCUGGUGCAGAGGCGGCAGUGGAGCAACCCCAGCAAGGCCAGCUCAACGACAGCACCACAAGGCAGUGAAGGAGCUGAACGUGCUCUCCUGUGCUGCCACCACUGGGUCACGCCUCACCUGUACCGUCCAGGUGACUGCAGGUGACGUCACACAGGAGGUACCCCUCCAGGUGGACACGGGUGCCACCUGCUCACUCCUGAGUGUGAACCGUGCCAAGGAGCUGUUCAGAGGCGUGGCGUUCAGCCCCUCCAGCUCACGGCUCUACGGAUUCGGCCAGCAGCCACUCUCAGUCCUGGGAACGCUGCCUACCACGGUGACCUACAAUAAUCAGGCUGUGCCAACCAACUUCUACCUGGUGGACACCAAGAAGACGGAGGCCAUCAUGGGUAUGGACCUGCUGCAGGCCCUGGGAGUCACCCUCCACCCAGCCUCGCACAGCGUCUACACGGUGGCAGGCUCAGCCCCGUCAGAGCUACCUGCCAUCGAGGGCUACGUCCACCGAAUCAAGCUGAAGCCGGACGCAGUACCAACUGCCUACAAGCUGCGCCGGCUGCCCCUCUCCGUGCGAGAGGAGGUCUCAGCAGAGCUGAACAGUCUGCUGGAAGCAGGCAUCAUCGAGAGGAUCGACUCCUCUCAGUGGAUCAGCCCGCUGACCGUCUCAAGGAAGAAGGACGGCAGGAUCAGGGUCUGUGUAGACCUGCGUGGGCCGAACAGCCAAAUCGUCCCAGAGGUUCACCCACUGCCCACGAUCGACGAGCUGGAGUCCCAGCUCUGUGGCACCCUCUACAGCAGGAUCGACUUGAAGUCGGCCUACCACCAGCUGCGUCUGCACGAGGACUCGCGUGACAUCACCGCCUUCCUCACGCCAGACGGCCUGAUGCGCUACACCAGGGUCCCGUUCGGCCUGGUGUCUAGCGGCAGCGCGUUCCAGAAGCUGCUCAGUCAUCUACUGCAGGGUAUCGACGGCUGUGGACACUAUCUGGAUGACAUCCUGGUCACCGGCCGUGAUCAGUCCGAGCACGACAGGCGCCUCCGCACCGUGCUGGACCGCCUCAAGCAGGCAAAUGUCACCAUCAACACAGAGAAGUCCUCCUUCAGCCAGCCAGAGGUGGAGUUCUGCGGUCAUCAGCUCUCCAGACACGGAGUGGUACCUCUCCUGUCUACCACCAAGGCCGUGGCCGAGGCCCCGCCUCCCACCAACGUAAAGGAGCUGCGCAGUCUCCUGGGCUCAACCGGCUGGUUCAGCAGGUUCGUGCCUCAGUACUCGGCUGUGGUGAGACCCCUCGCCAUCAUGCUGAAGAAGGACGCCACGUUCCAGUGGACCAAGGAGGCCAACGACGCCUUCAACGAGGUGAAACGGCUCAUCUCAGCCAGGCCGGUGAUGAAGCCCUUCAGCGCCCGCCUCCGGACGAUCGUGACGACCGACGCCAGCGACCGCGGCGCCGGUGCCAUGCUCACUCAGAUCCAGCCGGACGGCGAGGAGCGGCCAGUGGCGUACUGGUCCCGCUCCUUCACCGACGCCGAGUCGCGGUACUCCGUCUCCGAGAAGGAAGCCCUCAGCGCGGUCAAUGCUGUCGAGCAUUGGCGGACGUACCUGUGGGGCCGUUCAUUCACCCUGCGGACGGACCACUCUGCGCUCACCACUCUGCUAACGCCGAAGACGUCCAACCGCGCCGGCGCGCGCAUCGCCAGGUGGCAGUCCCGCCUGCUGCCGUACUCGUACACAGUGGAGUACCGGCCCGGGCGCAGCAUCCCAGUGGCUGACGCCCUGUCGCGCCUGCCGCUGCCGGACACCGGCGCCGCCGAGACGGACGGCGACGAGAUCGUCGCCCUGCUCACCGAUGACGUCAGUGACGUCAUCACUGAUGACGACGUAUGCGCCGCGUCGGCCGCCGAUCCAGUCAUGGAGCAGCUGCGGUCUGUCAUCCGCACCGGCUGGCCCGACGCCGCGCGCCACUGCACGCCGGAGACGCGCGACUACUUCGCCGUGCGGCACGAGCUGCAAGUCCGCCAGGACGGAGUCGUGCUGCGCGGCCCGGACCGCGCCGUCGUCCCGGCCGCGCUCCGCUCAAAGUACCUCCAACUGGCGCACCGAGCGCACGACGGUGUCGUGCGAACAAAGCAGCUCCUGCGCGACCUUGCCUGGUGGCCUGGAAUGUCGAAGGACGCCGCUGCACUGGUCGCCGACUGCCCGUCCUGCCACGCAAAGGACGCCGUGCUGACGCAGCAGGCGCGCCCCGCGCCGCUGCAACCGGUCGAGCUUCCAGACCGGCCCUGGUCUAAGCUCGGACUGGACAUCGUGGGCCCGAUCCCCGGCGCCCCACCGUCUGCAAAGUACGCCAUUACUAUGACGGAUUACCAUAGUAAGUGGCCAGAGGUCGCUCUGACGUCAUCCAUCGAGACUGAUGACGUCAUCCAGUUCCUGAGCCAGGCCUGGUCCAGAGAGGGACUGUCUGACGAGCUGGUGACAGACAACGGACCCCAGUUCACCAGCGACAAGUUCCGACAGUAUCUGGCCCAGCGCGGUAUCAGACACCACACGUCUGCCGUCUACUGGCCGCGCGGAAACGGAGCAGUGGAGCGGCUCAACCGAGAGGUGAAGGUGUGGCUCAAGGAGGCCACACAGCUGCAGUCGCGGACGGCCGCCAGCUUCAGCGGACACGUGCGACAGCGCCUCGCUCUGUACCGAGCGACCCCGCACUGCACCACCGGCCAGUCACCCUCGGCGCUCCUGCACGGCCGGCGCAUGCGUCUGCACCUGCCGGUCACCACAGAGACUCCGCCGCGCGACAGCUCGCUACAGCACCGAGUCGCUACCCAGCAGCAGCGCAACAGCCGCGGGUACGACUCGCGACAGGCUGCCCGGCCGUCAGAUCUCCAGCCUGGCGACACGGUGCGCGUGCGGCGACAGGGGCACGUGCCCAAGAACCAGAGUCGGUUCUCCAGCCCGCGCCGAAUCGCCAGACAGCUCGGCCCGGCGACCUUCAUCCUGUCCGACGGGACAAAGAGGAACGCUGCACACCUCGCCCGCAUCCCAGACGCGGCGCCGACCGGCUCAGCACCUCCGAGCACCGACGGGCCGGAACCGCCGCCGCCGCCGCCGGCCGACCCGGCUCCUCCGAGCUCCGGCGAGCCCCAGCCGCCAUCGCCGCAGCCGACAGCGUCCACCGUGCCACCUACAGCGCCGACAGAGAGCGCCCGCCCGUCAGAUGUCGCUGACGUUGCGCUGCCGGCCGCCACCGGCGCUGCUCGUGACCGGUCCCCCGGUGGGCCGCGCCCGCCUCAGAGGGCGCCCGUCGGCGGCACCCCGCGCCGUGAGUUGCCGGCCUCCUCCCGAGGACGCCGCCGAUUCUUGCCGCGCCGAUUUACGUGAUCGGCGAGAAGUGUAACUUCAAGGGCCGGCGGGUGUAGUGUUCGCUAUGGCAGUUGUUUAGUGCUUUUCACAUGACCUCACGUGACUCCGCCAUUUUGUGUAAAAUACAGUUUACGUUC